AAAAAAAAUCAGUGAAAGAAAUUAUUGAAAAAUUUUGUGAAAUUGCAAAUUGUGCAAUUUUGUUCGUGAAAAAAAAAAAAAUAUAAAAAAUAAAUAAAUCGAGACUUAUGCAUAUGAAAAAUCAUAACGAUAGCGAAAAUUGUCAGCACUGCAUUGAAAAUAAUUUUUGGAUUAAAUCAUUUUUACCGAAACGAAGGAAAUACCAAACAAAAUGCAGAGAAGUGCGUGUUGCCAAAAUCAUUGCCUGCAUCUUGAUAGUAUCAUACCUCACAAGUUCAACAGUGGCAGCACCACUUGCUGACAGUUCUCAGCAAUCAGGCAGCCAAGAGACAAAACAAAUUAGAAAAAAUCCAGAACAUAGAAAAAUUGGAUUUACAAACAAGGACGUUGAAAUGUGGACAAAUCCAUGCAGCUCCGAAAGUAUAAUGGAUUCAGCCUUUACAAAUCCUGAUAUCCUUACAAGUGUCAAUGGGACAUUGUCUUUGUUUUCACAGAUCAAAUUAACAGCUGAAAUUAUUGAAAUUGACCUUAGAGAUAAUGAAAGAAUCAACUCAACAAAUUACAAAGCUUGGGAAACCUUCAAUGCACAUAAUUAUAAAUUCAUUCCAGAAAAGCCAACGGGUAACCACCGUCAAUGGCAUUUUGAUCUCCAGAAAUAUGUCGCAACUUUCAUCCUCCUCCACAAAAGCCAAAAGAUUGAUGACGAGGCACACAAUAAUAACACAAUGUCAGAAGAGCUCGGAAAAAUCUUGAGAGACGCAAAACAUUUACUUUGUGAUAUCGAACACUUCGUCAAUGCAACAUCGUCGCUAAAAAUCGGCCCAAAAGAUUGGAUCAAAAAACGUGAAAUGAAGGAACUGGUCCAAUUUCAAAACCUCACAGCAAUGUUUCUUCAUCGAACAUACACAAAGGGACGCUUCCAAGACUACAUUCAAAAGUUAUUGAAACGAAUUGAGCAACAAAGUGCAAGAAAUUAUGUUGAAAAGCAAGUAACAUAUCCGAAAUUGAAGUCAAUCAAGAAGAAUAAACAACAGGGAACAAAAAGAGCACGUAAGGGAAAUAAGAGAAAUCAAAAUGGACGUAAAAUUGAGCAGCAGAAUGAAGUGGCAGUAACGAAAAGAACGCACAUUGUAAGAACAUCAAAGAAUCCAGCACAGGUCCGCAAUAAUAAGAAUAAAAAUAACCGACGACGACAAAGAACUAGAACAACAACAACGUCGACGACUGUUGCACUUUAAGCUGUUGGCUGAAUUGAUUCUUUGAAAUUGUAGAUUUUUUUAUAUUUUUUUCAAUUCCUGAAUCUCAAAACUUUGAGUUGUGAGAAGGGGGAGCGUCGAACGCAAAUUUGCGCCAUUCCAAGUAUUUUAAUUAUUAUUUUAUAUAAUAUGAUCGUGUAAGACUGACUUCAAGUCUUGAACUUAGAUUACUUAAUUAUAUAAACAAACUUUCCUGUAAGUUACUUAUGACAAUGCACUUAUUUAAUUAGCAAUUUGAAAUUGCACAUAAUUAUAAUCGGCAGCUUAAUGUGUAUAAAGAAGCAUGAAAUAUGUUAGGUUUCUAUUAGUUUCUUUAGAUAGAGCAAAAAAAUGAAAUCUGUGAUAGUAAAUUAAUAAGCAGAUUUUAAGUUUUUUUUUAAGAUUUCUUUUUAAUUUUUAUUAUUAUUAUUUUUAAU